CCCCGAUAUCCCCCCCGAGCGCGCAUUCCCUCAACCCUCUCCUCACAGCGAGUGUCGAGUCGUGUUUCCUACUGUCUACUUUGGUCGCGUUCCUUAUACUGUAUCAAGAUGCAGUUGUGGCAUUCCCUUCUUCAGCUGACCGUGCUGGCUUCCACCGCCCUGCCGACCGCUGUUGCAGCUUCCGCGUGGGGUUUCACUGAUGCCACCGUGUCAGUUCACACCAAAGGCACCGGUGUGGGUGCUGGAUUCAGAGAAGCAAUCCCUAACAACAAAGCCCUCUCCAAGCCUGUCUCGCUCGGAUCUGCCGAUACCCUGAAAGUGACCUUGACAGCCCAGGAAGACCGCACUGCCAAACGCGCGCAUCAGGUUUUCCUCUUUCUCCAAGACCCUCAGACCGGAUUGGAUAUCUCGUAUCCCUUCAGCGUGAAGGAUAAUGGCAAAUCGAGAAUCGAGCUGACCCAGAAAGACCUUCCCGUUCAGUUCCUUUCCGUCUCCGAGCCCUUGGACGCGCGAUUUCUUAUCGGAUCCUUUGGCGACUCCGAUGCAUACAAUGGAGCUGCAUUUAAGCUGACGGUGGGCCGAAACCCCGACGAGCCUGUCCCCACUGUCGAAGUGUCGCGCUAUGGAAAGCUCCCCGAAAUUCACCACAUUUUCAAGACUGAUGCGCAGAGCCCUCCCUUGGUCAUCACUCUGGCCUUCCUCGCUCUGGUGCUUGCUGCACUUCCUGUUCUGGGCGGCGUGUGGCUGUUCCUCGGUGUGAACCUGAAUCACCUGCCUACUGCUUUCAAGUCGGCUCCCCUUCCACAUGCCGUCUUCCUCGGCUCGCUCUUUGCUAUCCAGGGCAUCUUCUUCUUGUACUAUACCUCUUGGAACCUUUUCCAGAUCCUUCCUGCGGUCGCGGUGGCUGGUACCGUCGCAUUCGUCAGCGGCAGUCGUGCUCUUGGUGAGGUUCAGGGCAGACGGCUUGCCGGUCUGCGUUAAACAACCUAGGGUUGCUGGUAGUGAUCUGGGUGACAUUCACCGUCGGUGUUGUAUAUUAGAGGCCGCCUUACCUUAAGCGUUAGGUGAGCCUUUACUGGAUCAGUGUAAAAGAAGCAAUGCAGUCCCUUU